AUGCCCCCUCCUGAUGACCCAGCGUACUCUGGGCGCUCAAAGACUUCUGCCACAAAGGGACCUUCUCAAAGCCGACCAUGGUUUCCACAUCAACAGUCCUCACAAGGUGUCUCCUACCAAUCUGGGGGUAUUCCAACAUUCAAUGACUCACAAGCCGGUGGAUCUGGUAAUUCUGCGUCUGAGGAACUAGAGAGCCACAAUCAAUGGGAAACUCGAUAUGGAACGCGGGUAGAUAUGUUGUCUGCAUUCGCCUAUAUUUUGGGCCCUCUUUCUGCUUUGGCAGUCCUCAUCAUCGAAACGCAGAAUGACUACGUUCGGUUUCACGGCUACCAAUCUGCGCUAUUUACAACGCCUAUCAUUGUUUUCCGAGCUUUUCUCUCUAUCUUGCAAUUCCCACAAUGGUUCCGAACGUUCGUCACAGUCCUGAUAUUUGUUGGUCAACUUUACAUGGCUUUCAGGGCUUAUAUCGACGCGUCGCAGAAUGGGCUAUCACGGUUUCAAUUGCCUAUAAUAGGUCCUAUAGCCUCGCAAUGGUUAGCAGACGAGUAG